CAUUUGAAAGUCAGCAAGAAACAGAUUAAGGAAAAUGUGAGACAGAGAAUAAUACAAGUGAAUGUGUAAUAAAUUUUUGAUACCCUCAAUCGAUGUCAUGAUGCACCCACCCAAAUUGAUAGCCUAGUUUCAUUUUCAAUCCUAUCCCGUUUCGUUUCAUCGCUGACUUUCUGUCGUUAUUAAAACCAAUGAAGUAAGAUUCGUUUUUGCUCCAUCUUCUUAUCUUAAGGCCUUAAUCUGUGCCACCACUGGUGAAGCGAAGUGAACUACGAUGGCUGCCACUGGAGGUGAUGAGGGUCACAACAACCCUGCUCUUGACCCGGAUUUGGAUAUUCCGGAUACUCCGGAUCUCCAGUUCGCUGAGUUCGGAUCGGGUUGUUUCUGGGGAGCGGAGUUGGCCUUUCAGCGAAUUGUGGGAGUGGUAAAGACCGAGGUCGGAUAUACUCAGGGCCACACACCUGACCCAGAUUACAAACUGGUUUGCACAGGAACCACUAACCACGUUGAAGUGGUUCGGGUUCAGUUCGACCCGAAGGUUUCCCCCUACACGGAUCUGCUUGCUCUGUUUUGGUCUCGACAUAACCCAACUUCCAUCAACCGCCAGGGCAACGAUGUGGGUGCACAGUAUAGAUCAGGAAUAUACUACUACGACGAACAACAGGCUCAUUUAGCCCAGGAAUCGAAAGAAGCAAAACAGUUGGAGUUGAAGGAGAAGAUUGUGACAGAAAUUAUUCCAGCUAAGAGGUUUUACAAAGCAGAGGACUACCAUCAGCAAUAUCUGGAGAAGGGUGGAGGAAAAGGUGAAUGCAACAAACAGUCAGCAGAAAAAGGUUGCUCUGAUCCCAUCAGGUGCUAUGGCUGAUCAUGGAUCAAUUCUGAUAAUUUUCUUGCUACACAUUUCAUCAUGUCUAGCUUCUAUCAGUCAUCUAAUGCGUGUUCCAAUAUAACAGUCUAUCCAAAAAUAAAAUGUCAUUUUGUAUCUUCAAAGUGAUCAUAUCAUAUACUUUUUUUAUAAAUGUUUUAAAUCUAUAUAUUUGCAUUCAA